AUGAUAACUCUAGCAAAGGAUAAGCAUCAAAGAAGUUUUAGAGGCUAUCCAACAACUUCCUUCGUCUCCCAAGGAUCAUCCGUGUUCCCCCAAUCUGCCACUAAAAGCAACAAUGAAGACUCUAAGCAUGAAAGAGAAGGAGAAGACAAUCCAGACAAAGACAUGCUUGACCAAGACAAAACUCAUUCCUUAGAUGAUUUUGAUGAUAAUGUGGGUAACACCAAAGGUGACCAUAAUGCUAAAAUUUCGUUUGAUUCUUCUGAAGAAGAACAAGAUGAUGAUAAUACUGAUCAUCAUGGAGAACAUCAAGAAAUGGCAAUGGACACCAAUGAAACUUUUGGCAACAUAACUGCCCCAAAAAACUCCUUUGACCACCACAACCACCUCUUCAUAGGAGGAAUUAGACAACCUCAAGAAGCAUAA